AUGGAUGGCAAAGCACACCAGUCGACAACACAGUCGAGUCCUGUCGAGUACAUGGCGGUUCAACAGCCGCCACUUGACUCCUCGAGUAGUACUACUGCACAUCGGUUCCUUGACCUGGAAAAUGGACUGAUGCAUCGUUCUCAACCCACCAACAUAGAGCCUGCUGCUCAACAAGCACUCCUCAACCCCUCGAGUCGUAACGAGAUCUUUGAUUUCUUCGCUCUGCCUCGCGAACUUCGAGACCAAAUCUAUGACUUCACGCUCGAUGAGCCGAAGCAUAUUAAGACCAGCUCGUUGCAGAUCGGGCAACCUUGGGAUGCGGCUUACCUUGCGCAUGCUCCAGUUCUGGGCCUGCUGCUGGCCAACAAACAAAUGAACCAGGAGUACCAGGAUGCUAUCAAGCGCGCGGAACCCUCGCAGAAGCUGACACUGGUGAUCGACCCCGAUGUGCGCUACUACCUUCCAGCUGAAACCCUCGUGCCAUGUGACGAGUAUCUGACCAGCAAGCUUCGAAUGGUCCCCAAACUAGAGGUGAUAUUCUCAUGGUUCUACGAAUACACUGACCGCUAUGACAAUGGCGUCACCGCUGAUUCCAGCUGGUCAGACGACGACAUUGCAGACAACUUACGGCGAAUCGGUAAGGACCUUCGCACAGUUCUCGUGCGGCCCUUGCUCCAUCAACAGGCACUUACCAACAUUGCGCUGAUCGUGCGCGGCGCAAUCGAGGAUGACAUAGAAGAAGAAGUAGACUUUCCGAUGCUCACUUCCGCGCUGAGAGAUUGUGGCAAGAAUAUCUGCAGUGCUGAGAAGUCUGAUGAUUCUUACCCCAUGCUGUUGCAAGGCAUCAAACUCACGUACUGCAUUGACAUGGAGAUGCAAGUUCGGAAGGUGACUGCAAUCCCUCGCGUUAGACGCAAAUCAGGACUGGCGAAUCAACAGUUUUGGAAGAAGGGACGAAGUUAUUACUGGAGAACAUACCGUGCUACGCCGUCUACCUGCGAGGAUAACUUCUAUGGCUUUGACCUGGAGAAGCUAGAGCCAGAGGAGGCUGAAUUCAUGGAGAAACACACGAGAUGAGUAACGGACUGUUGCAGAGCAGGACAGAUAGCCGAGGACAGGGUCAGAAGAUUUUUGAGAUUGGGACAGAAUGUUUCAUAGCGGGCUCGCUACAAGCUCCUGCCGUUUG